AUGAGGUUGACAGAUGAAAGUAAAGCAUUUCAUUUUGGAGUAUAUUCAAUAGUUUUUCAAAUACCAUAUGGGAAAGUCACAAGCUAUGGUCACAUUGCUUACCUUUUGAAUAAACCUCAAAACUCACGGCAAGUUGGUUCAUCUUUAAAACAUUGUUCGUUUAUAAUUUCUCAGUUAAAUGAGAACCUUGAUCCAAGUAAUCUGGAUUGGCUAAAUGUCAACGAGUUGCCUUGGUGGAGAGUGGUUCUGAGUAGUGGGAAAAUCUCGCCACGCGAAGCCAAUGGACAAUAUAUACAAAGGGACAAACUACUACAAGAAAAUGUUGCUGUCCUGGAAGGGCAUAUGGUUGAUAUGGACGAGUACGGUUGGUUUCCAGAGGAUAUUAAUUACUGA